AAAGUUUGUUUUUUAAUGUUUUCAGGUACUGAGCCCUGGUAUUUCUACUUGGUUAAUGGUUUCUUGAAUUUUAAUGUAGUGUUUGUGCUGGCUAUGUUUUCCUUACCUCUAACUGCUCUAAUGGAGGCUCUGCUCAAAAGGUUCAAUGUUCAGAACCUUGGACGACCUUAUUGGCUGACUCUCUCGCCCAUGUAUAUUUGGAUAUUGAUAUUUUUUACUCAACCACAUAAAGAAGAGCGUUUCCUGUUUCCUGUAUACCCUCUCAUUUGCCUUUGUGGUGCUGUGGCCUUGUCCUCGUUACAGAAAUGUUACCAUUUCCUGUUCCAGAGGUACCGCCUAGAGCAUUACACAAUCUCCUCAAACUGGCUUGCCCUGGGCACAGUACUUCUGUUCUGCCUGUUGUCUCUCUCUCGCUCUGUAGCUCUGUUCAGAGGAUAUCAUGCACCUCUUGAUCUUUAUCCUGAAUUCCACCGGAUUUCCAAAGAUCCCACCAUCCAUACAGUCCCAGAAGGAAGACCUGUCAAUGUAUGUGUUGGCAAAGAAUGGUACCGGUUUCCCAGUAGCUUCCUCCUUCCUGACAAUUGGCAACUACAGUUUGUCCAGUCAGAGUUUCAAGGUCAGCUCCCCAAGCCAUAUGCAAGUGGUCCUGGAGCAACCCGAAUAAUUCCAUUGCACAUGAAUGACCAGAAUAUUGAAGAACCCACAAGAUAU